AUGGAUGCCCAAGCCUACCUAAUCCGCCACGGCUGGUCCGGACCCGGCAACCCUCUAAACCCCAACAGCAAACACCACCCACACGGCGGCCUAGGACUAACGCGCCCGAUCCUCGUAUCCCGAAAGAACAACAACCACGGCGUGGGCAAGAAGACGACCAAGGACCCAACGAAUCAGUGGUGGCUGCGUGGCUUCGAGGAUGCGCUGAAGGGUGUAGGUAGCGAACAGCGGGAUAAUGGCGGUGCUUCAUCGGCGAAUGCGUUGACGAGUGAGCUUUACCGGUUUUUUGUGCGGGGAGAGGUUUUGGAGGGGACUAUUCGGCGUGAGUGCGGACAUGGACAAGGGGCAGAAGGAGCUAUGGGGGAUAAUAAUGAUGGGGAGAAGUCUGGGAAGGGGAAGAGGAAGAGGGUUGAUUCUGAUGAUGAGGUGAAGGAGGCUAAGAUGCGGAAGAAGGAAAAGAAAAGGGAAGACAAGAAGAAGAAAAAAGACAAGGAGGGAGUUUCAUCUGAGCGGUGUUCUUCAGAUGAGGCCAGCAAGGAGGAUAAAGAGGAGCGACGACGGAGAAGAAAGGAGGAAAAACGGAAGAGGAAAGCAGAGGAUAGCAAGGACGGCUCGAAAACAAAGUCAUCAUCGAAGACUGAGAAAAAGAAGAAGGAAAGGCGCCGGAGAAAGGAAACUCUCAUAUCUGCUGAGGCGGAUUAUCCGACACCAGCAUCGACAGAACAGGAACAGACGGAUUCCAGUGGACAGGACGAGUCGGCAGCAAUAGGAAAGACUCUGAAGGAGAAGAAAGACAAGAAACACAAGAAGGAAUCCAAGAAGAGCAAGAAAUUAAAGACAGACGAAAAUGCCGACCCCGGACUAAGCACGAGCAAGGAGCCCAAGAAGGCAAAGAAAGACAAAAAGGACAAAAAGAAGAAAUCCACCUCGGAUUAG